AUGGAUCUCACGAACAAUUGGAAGUUCAUACGACCCGUAACCUUUCACACUGUCUUAUGGACCACCUAUACAUGGGUUACUGUAGCUGUGGCAAAGAAUCUCAACUCACUGAGCAGCGCUUUCUACAGACUUUUCAUUGUGGGGUACUUCAUGAACCUUGCCACGUAUUCCAACUCGUUCCUCACUCUUCGAAUACCGCAGAUAACAUGCAUCAAUGGCUCUCAGGCACAGUUUUUUCUUUCUCGUAAUAGAGCCACGGCGGACACUUUUCUAUCGACUAGUAUUAUUCAUGCAUUAUCACUUCAUUUUGCUUAUACUCAGUACAUUUAUGGAAUGCUCGUAUGUUUGAACAGUGAAAAAAUUUGGAGAAAAUACCUCUGGGCAAUUGCAAGUGCAAUGUUUGGGAUUCCAGUUGUUUUUACUUCAUGGAUUGCGGUAAAUGAUUCAUUUUUCAUUUACAAUAAGCCCACUGACAGUUUCCUUAUUGCUUCUACUCUGGGUAGGAGAAUAAUAUGGGGAUGUCUUGCAGCAACAAUAACGAUCAUAACCUUCCUGAAUGCAUUUUUAAACAUUUGGUCGUAUCGGAUAGUGAAAAAUAUGAAAAGAAAUAAAGUGAAAAUCCCCGAAAGCCAACUAAUGAAAAUGUCCAUUUUGAUAUUCAUCAUCGACGCGUUCACAGCAGCGAUAUCACUUUCAAAUGUGACAAUCAUGACCUGGACCCCUAUUGCCGAAAUUGAUAAAGAGUCCUGGGCAUACAUUGCUUACGAGUUGACUCCACUUGGUAGUGACAUUCUAACAUUUUCACCUCCAACUCUAUUGUUGAUGUAUAGCCGAACGACUCGUUAUUACUCAUUGGAAAUGAUGCUUUGUAUGAAAAGCUACCUAAAACAUCCAAUGAUCGCAAAGACCAAAAGUUUGGCUAUUGUUGAGCCAUUUCAUCCUGAGAGUAUUUACUAG